AGGGAUGAGCAGUCGCGUCUCAAGGAGGUGGGAGGAACCGGCGAAGGCUGCUAAGAUAGCGGUGUGGUGGGACAUGAAGGACUGUCCGAUCCCCGAGGGUUAUGAUGCUCGUCUCUUCCGUCCGAGUUUAGAAGCGGCAUUCAAAAGUGAUGGCUAUUCUGGUCCUGUCUCCAUCACUGCCUAUGGCGACCAAACACAAACCUCUGAUCACCUCUUGCGAGUGCUCUCUUCCACUGGAGUCGCUGUUGCACAUACCAGACCCGAAAGCACAAACGCACUCAUGUAUGCGGAUAUGGUGGAAUGGCGAGGUAAAAAUCCUGCUCCGGCUUCAAUGAUGAUCAUAUCCAAUCAGGUGCACACUGUCUUCGCUUGGGAUCUGGCCCGGCUACAACAACGGACGCUAUACAACCUUUUUCUGGUUUCUUCAACCGAGUAUCGGUCUUUGACAAUCCUGAAAACUUGUAGAGAGUGGGUUUGGGAAAGAUUACUAGGGUACGCGGAUGAUGAGACCAGAAGCGCACCACUUGUUCAGGAGAAGCGCAGUGACACGGGCGAGUUAUCAUCUGCCACGCUUUACUGCAAAUCUUGCAACUUCGAUUCCCAAAGCCCUGAAAUUUUCAGGAAGCAUCUCUCGAGUUAUAAGCAUAAACGAGAAGAGGAUAUAGACCCUACGGAGACAGCAGUUGACUGUGUAACAGAGGAGUGGGCAAAGGAAUACCCGGCGACGCCUGAAUACGCGACAGCUCAAAUAGCGGUGUGGUGGAACUUGUUUCAAUGUCCGAUCCCCAAGGGAUACGAUGCUCGCCGGGUCCGGCCGAGUUUAGAAGCGGCAUUCAAGAAUCUUGGCUACUCUGGUCCUGUCUCCAUCACUGCCUUUGGCGACCUAAACCGUAUCCCUGAUCACCUCCUGCGAGGGCUCUCUUCCACUGGAGUCAAUGUUGUGCAUUCCUUUUACGCUAACACAUGCACUGUAAUUUAUGAAGAUAUCGAGAUUUGGGUAGAUUCUAAUCCUCCUCCGGCUACUAUAAUGGUCAUAACGAAUACUUUGGAACCGGAUGGUCGUUUUAUUGGGUAUUUUCAACCCAAGGAGAAUGUUCAUUCGGCCGAGUACGAUCCACAGGCUUGGCGAGAGGUACACGAGAUGAGACGUAAGGUGAAGAAGCAAACUAAGUCAUUCGAGUACGAUCGAGGGCAUUGGCUCCGACAGGAAGAACGUAGGAAAGCAUUCCGGACGAUUUUUCCUCUUCGUUUACGUCUUACUAAUCGUGGACGUAAACCUCGACGAAAAUCUCAAACCUGCAAGAAAGAGUAA